AUGGGCAGGCUAUGCUUCGAGGUGGACACCGGGGCCGGCGUCGUAGAGCUGGUUGAAGGAGUGUCCCAGAUCUUCUUCGACGAUUCGCUCACGCUUCUAGGUCAAGAGGAUGGAUCCAGAACGUUUGUGGAUGUACGAGGGCUGGACCGGUCAUGGGAAGUUUACUGAUGAGUGGCAAGAGAAGGCCGAGCAGUUUGUGGACAGUGUGUUUGCCGACCCUAUAAGACCCGCAAAAGUGUUGUGCCCCUGCGCGCAAUGUUGUAAUGCUAAACGGAAGUCGAAGGAUGAAAUGACUAUACACCUGAUAAAAUUCGGGUUCACACCGGGAUACAGUCGGUGGAUUUGCCAUGGCGAGACACCUGCAAAAGCACCAAAACGUGCUAGAAAGCAGUCGCAGCCGAGUCAACUAGCGGGAGGAUUUGAUGCUGGGUUUGACAAGUGCUUAGAUGACUUCCUUGAUGCAAAUGUGCCUGAAAACCGUAAUGCAGAGGAGGCGGAGACACCACAGGUGACGGAGACAAACGAGGAGCCUGAGGAGAGCACAAAGAAGUUCUACGAGGCUAUGUUUGCCGCGCAGAAACCCCUUCAUCCACAUACAGAGGUUACCCAGUUGGAUGCCGUGGCUCGCCUAAUGUCCUUCAAGUGCCAGAGUAACUUAUCUAGAGAUCGGUUCGAUGAUCUUCUGGUAAUCAUUGGCAGCAUCCUGCCGACAGGGCACCUCUUGACAAAGAGCUUUUAUGAGUUGACGAAAAUCCUGCGUUCACUAAAGAUGACAUAUAAGAAGAUAGAUGCUUGUCCAAAGGGAUGCAUGCUAUUUAGAAAUGAACAUGCUGAAGGAAACUAUUGCAUCCAUUGCAAGUCCUCUAGGUACUUCGAGGUUGACACCGGUGAUGGACAGAAGAGGCAGACAGGGAUUCCCCAAAAGAUUCUCCGUUAUCUUCCAUUCUUGCCGAGGCUCCAACGGCUUUUCAUGACGGAGGAAUCUGCCCAACAGAUGCGGUGGCCCGUUGAGGGGAACCGGUACACAGACAAGAUGAUACAUCCGUCGGAUGGUCAAGCAUGGCAGAACUUCGCGAAGAAAUAUCCAAAGAAAGCGGGCGACUCGAGGAGCGUAGCAGUUGCGAUAUCAACCGAUGGGUUCAAUCCAUAUGGUAUGUCAGCUGCAACGUACAGUUGUUGGCCUGUGUUUGUUAUUCCCCUCAACCUCCCUCCUGGCGUCGUCAUGAGAUCCGAGAACAUGUUUGUGUCGAUGAUUAUACCAGGGCCAAAAUACCCAGGGAAGAACAUGAAUGUGUACCUGGAGCCGCUAGUGGAUGACUUGCUUGUCGGGUGGAACGACCGUGGGGUGCGAACUUACGACGCCACAACAAAGCAACACUUCGAUAUGUAUGUCUGGUACCACACAUCACUGCAUGACCUACCAGCACGUGCGUUGUUCUGCGGCUGGUGUACACAUGGGAAGUGGCCGUGCCCGCUGUGUAGGCAGGCUAUGACUUUCUUCUGGCUGAAGAAUGGAGGCAAGUAUUCCUGCUUUGAUGAACACCGAAAGUACCUUGAAGCGAAGCAUAAAUAUAGGAGUGACAAAAAGAACUUCAAGAAAGGCGUUGCUGUCCAUACUCCACGUCCACAUCUGCCAACCGGCAAGGAUACUAAGUCUGAGUUAGAGGCUCUCGUGCCGAACCCCGAUGGUAAUGGUUUCGUGGGAUACGGGGAGACACACCAGUGGACCCACAUUCCAUGCUUAUGGAAGCUUCCUUACUUUGAAGACCUAGAGCUUCCACAUAACAUUGAUGUAAUGCACACCGAAAAGAAUAUUGGCGAGGCCCUUUGGAGCACAAUCAUGGACACCGAGAAGACGAAGGAUAAUGUUAAGGCUAGGCUAGAUCAGGAAAUAUGGUGCGAUAGGCCAAAUUUGAACAUGCGGCCUCCCGGACUCAAAGGCGGGUGGACUAGGCGAAAGGCCCCGUUCUGCCCUACAAGGAAAGAAAGGAAGGAAAUAUUCCAGUGGAUCGUCCAAUGCUUGUUCUUCCCUGAUGGGUAUGCAGCUAACUGGAUGAGGGGAGCAAACUUGGAGACGUUGCGAGUGCAUGGGCUCAAGAGUCAUGAUUAUCACGUGUGGCUUCAGCGGAUAAUGCCGAUCAUGAUUCGAGGCUAUGUCGAUGAGGAGACUUGGCUAGUGCUAUCGGAGUUGAGCUUUUUCUUCCGCCAGCUUUGUGCUAAGGAGUUAGAUAAAAAAGUGGUUGAGAAGCUAGACAAACAGGCACCCGAGUUGCUUUGUAAGCUAGAGAUGCUCCUUCCGCCAGGGUUCUUUAAUCCGAUGCAACAUCUGAUUUUGCAUCUCCCGCAGGAGGCUUUACUUGGGGCCAAUGUGCAGACCCGUUGGCAGUAUGGCCCUGAGAGAGAAACAAAGAAGCUUCGUGAGGACUGUGGCAAUAAAUGCAAGAUCGAGGCAUCCAUAGCCGAGGCAGCCCUUAACAAGGAGGUUUCAAACUUCACGACAAAGUACUACGAUGAAAACAUUCGCACUCGACACAAUCCAAUCCUUCGUUACAAUGCCGCCAACCCUGAAGAUGUACCCAAGCUUGGCAUAUUCAUAGGGUUAGGUGGCAAAUCAAGCGGCACGAAGAGGCUCAAGAUAACGGAUCCCAAGUGGGGUUUAAUCCACUCUUAUGUCUUGAAAAGCAUGAAGGAAGUGAAGCCGUACAUCGAGUAA